AUGGGUGGCGUUAGCAGAGAGGGUGGCAAGGUCAAGCCUCUUAAGGCCGCAAAGAAGGAGAAGAAGGAACUCGAUGAGGAUGAGAUCGCAUUCCGAGAGAAGCAGAAGGCUGAUGCCAAGGCGAAGAAGGACAUGGCCGAAGCCGCCAAGGGCAAGAAGGGCCCCCUGAACACCGGUCAGCAGGGUAUCAAGAAGUCUGGCAAGAAAUAA